AUGGGUUCAGCUGGUUCAGUAGAUCGUGGUCCAAUCAGAACUCUGGUUCUUGGGUGUAUGGGUGCUGGAAAAACGUCUUUCAUGCGACAAAUGGUCAAAAACCACACAAAACAAGUAUGCCUUCGAAGAGAGUAUUAUGUCUACUGUGUUCAAUUGAAUCUUCUAAAUGUAUACAGAGAACUCAAAAAUGUCUGCACAAGUAUGGAAAUAGCUAUUAAUGAAGAACAAAGCAAAGCAUUCGACACCAUUGACGAAUACCGACACAAAGAAAAAUUCCCACAAAAAGUGAUCGAUUCGAUCGUGGUUCUUCGCAACUCUCAACUUUUCGACUUAUGUCGAAUGAGACAAAGAAUCCUUCCACUUCCACAGAAUUACAACUUUUUCAUCCAGAGAGCAGACGAGUUUAUGCAGCAAGAUUACAGUCCAUCGGAGAAUGAUAUCAUGAUGUCUUACUCACAAACUUGUGGAUUGUAUAUGGAAGAAGUCACUUGUCAAGGGUACAAGUUUGAACUUCUCGAAAUGCCAGGCCAUCACCUAUGGCGUGCCAAAUGGGCGCAACAUUUCGACGAUCCAGCUCUCGUCGUUUUCGUGAUUGAUCUCAGUGAACUCUGUGAUCCCGCUUUUUAUAAUCAAGGUCAUCUCGAGAACAAGACAGUAUCCGUCUUCAACUCCCUCGUCAAUAAUCCUGUUCUCGCCAAUGUCCACUGGUUGCUGAUUUUCAACAAGACCGACACAUUCAAUGAUCAUUCGGCUGGAUUCGACUUCAAACGUCUCGCCAAUCAUUUGGAUACUGGAGACAGUGCACGAUCCUUUUAUAGAUCCCAAUUCACGACUAAGCUCCCAAGAGGAAAAUGCUUCGCUCACAUGGUUUCACUUGUAAAUUUCAAAGACAGCCAAACCAUCCUAACCGAUAUGUUCAAAAGAAUCGGGAAAAUGCAUCGCGAACGCCCAAAUCUUACGUAA